CGUGCCUUUGUUCUUCACCCCCUCCCUCAGAAGUAUGGCGGCCAGGACAGAGCCCCAGCGAAGAUGAACUACUACUACUACUACUACUACUACUACUACUACUACUACUACUACUACUACUACUACUACUACUACUACUACUACUACCACUACUACUACUACUACUACUACUACUACUACUACUACUACUACUACUACUAUUACUACUACGACUACUACUAA